GCGGGAUGAUCUAAAACCACAAACACACAAUGUUAACUGAGCACUUCACAACACAGGGAGAACACGGAAUGGAACCACCAGUGAUUUAUUUUUAAAAAUUAAAAUCCGCGGGGAUGUACAGAAAAAGGAGGUUUAGUUUACCAAACAGUCUUAUGCGUCAUUCUGCAGGCUCAGUGCAUGCAAGGCUUGUUCUUCCUCUUCUAAAGCAUUUACUCUCGAUCGUCCUGCAAUAGAAGGAAAACAGAAUCCAUUAACACAAUAUACAUAAUGAUUUUGACACUGUUACAGACCUGUAACGAAGCUAUAAUUAUCAUGGUGAUGUUGCUAACCUGUUCUGUUUUCUUUCUAUUUCAGGGCGACCAAACAUAAACGCCUUGGAAGCUGAGGAACAAGCCCUGAGUGCUCUGAACUUACACGAUGACUUAUAAGACUUUGGUACACUAACCCCCCUUCUCCUGUAAGAACCCCGCGAAAAAUUUAAUUUGAAAAAUAAAGAGUGCUGUGACCGUACUUCGUGUUCUCUCUUGGUGUGAAGUGUUGAGCUAACCCGGUGUGUUGCAAUUUUAGAUCUGAUCCGUUGUUCAUUAACUGCUGAUUACCCGUGCUACAUUUUUGGUGAUAGAGGUUCCUAUUGAAAAACUCAAAUCAAAACCAGAGGAACCCCCGGUGCUGCCAGUUAAGGCAACAACUACCGCAAGUCCUCGCCAGCCACCACCUUUGGAAACGUCGUCAGAUUAUGCUGUCUGGAAAUUUAGAGUACAAGCAUAUUUGCGCAAGGUACCCGCUUUCGAACAUUUCGACUACAUUGUAUCGUUCCUCAGUGACGAGGCUGUUAAACGAGCAACAGCUUAUGGGUUCUCAACAAAUAAUUCUCGAUCUAAAAACUGGAAUAUACUAGAUGAGUGUUUCUCAUUACCUGUGGACAAUCAACAGCUGACUAUCCAAUUUUUGUCACGUCAGCAAUCGGCCGGUGAAAACCCUAUCGAAUACUUGGAUCCCUUACAACAAAUUGCGGUAAAAGCGUUCCAUGAACUGGAUGUCGACAAAAGAGACGAUUUGGUAAGCUCCCGUUUCGUAGAAGGGCUCGUGCACAACCCCCUAAGAGAACAACUACUUCGAAUGCCAGCAGCAAAUACCACCCAACUGAAGAAGACCGUCCUCAGAUUUAUGACAGCAGAUAGAUUGUCCCGCCCACCAGAAGCUCCACCACAUUCACUGAUGACAGUAGGGCAUAAUAUAGAACCGAGGCAGGUAGAUAAUCUUCCGAAAGCAACAGCGAUUUCACACAUUCCCAGCCAGACUAUUAGCCGUGGGGCAUCAAACUCGACAUGGAACAAACGACCACCAUAUAAUAGUUACCACAGUCGUCAACCAAGAUGUAUGUAUUGCAGGCGGUUUGGCAGGCGUGCCUGGAGAUGUGGACACAACCGACCUCGUAAUCCAGGUGAGCCACAUAUUUAUCACUUAUCUUCAUGUCAUGUUAAUCACAUCAGCCCCACCACCCUCAAAGGUAGAGUACAAGGUGUGGAGAUUGACAUAUUGCUAGACACUGGAGCCUCCGUAUCCCUGAUUAAGGAAGCGUUCUUAAAGAGACUACACCAUAAAGUACAGCAAAAACGAUGCUCCUCAGCAUUAAUAACAGCUAGUGGGGACCCUCUUAAAGUGUGUUAUAAGACAGAGUUAGACUUAACAAUGGAGAGAUGUUCGGUUCGCCAUGAGUUUUUAGUUUGCCCUACAUUAACCUGGGACAUGAUAUUGGGCGUAGAUUUUAUGUUAAAACACCAAGUAUCUAUAUUUAUGGAUAGAUCAGAAGCGAAAAUCGGCGAGGCUAUAGUGCACCUGCACCACCAUGAGAGGACGACAAAAUCUAUAGCCCUUGUGGGGAUUUCAGACCUCGUACGUCAGAUACAUAACAAUCAAGUAAUCACAGAGAAUGAUCGUCGCACAACGAUUGCCGUGCUCCAGCAGUUUAGUUCUGUGUUUGAAGAAGGCAUUUCCGGAAAUCGGACCACUACAGUGCAACACUCCAUCUUCACAGGCGACCAUAUGCCACUUCGACAGCCACCUCGUAAGGUACCAGUGCACUACCAACCGCAACUGGACGCAAUGAUAAAAGAUAUGCUAGAUAAAAAGAUCAUAGUUCCUUCGUCAUCUCCAUGGGCAUCACCUAUUGUCUUAGUGAAAAAGAAAGACUCCUCUCUACGACUCUGCGUGGACUAUCGACGCCUUAAUGCUAUCACUAAACGUGACCCUUUUCCACUCCCACGGAUCGAUACCACGCUAGAUGCCUUGAAGGGCGCACGUUGGUUUUCGACUUUGGAUCUAGCAUCUGGGUAUUGGCAAGUAGAGGUCCGACCGCAAGAUAGAAAAAAAACGGCAUUUAUAGUACCAAAUGGUCUAUAUGAAUUCCAAGUGAUGCCCUUUGGUUUAACGAAUGCCCCGGCUACCUUCCAAAGACUAAUGCAAGCAGUGUUACAAGACAUAGUACCCAACAAAUGCCUGAUAUAUCUUGAUGACAUUAUUGUGUAUGGUAGCACGCCCGAACAACACAAUACCAAUUUGAAAGCAGUCCUUCAACGCCUUCAACAACACAAUUUAAAAGUAAAACCGUCCAAAUGUCGCCUGCUGCAGAAAGAAGUAAUCUUCCUGGGACACCGUAUCACUGCAGGUGGGGUAGGCACAGAUAAAGAAAAGACACGUGUGAUUGUUAAUUGGCCGCAACUACAAUCACCCAAAGACGUUCGUAGCUUCCUUGGGUUAGCUUCUUAUUAUAGACGCUUUGUUCGCGACUUUGCAUCAUUAGCAACACCUUUGCAUCGAUUAACACACAAGGGACGAAAAUUCUUAAGGACUAGCGAGUGUCAACAAGCGUUCGAUGCUUUGAAAGCACGAUUAACCUCCCCACCUAUAUUAGCCUUUCCGGAUACUUCAGCAGACGGGGGUGAAUUUAUACUCGAUACGGAUGCUAGUUCCUCGGCCAUUGGAGCAGUUCUAUCGCAAGUAGAUCGAGAUGGACACGAAAGAGUCAUCGCGUAUGCUAGCCGACGAUUAGAUAAGAGUGAAGCACGGUAUUCUACAACACGUUGAGAGAUGUUAGCACUAGUAAAAUUCUUACAACACUUUCGCCAUUAUUUACUGGGCAAACCCUUUCGUGUACGCACGGAUCACCGUGCAUUACAGUGGCUCCGCUCUUUCCGCGAACCAGAAGGGCAAGUAGCACGCUGGCAAGAACGGCUACAAGAGUUUAACUUCACAUGCGAGUAUCGACCUGGAAACCGACAUACAAACGCGGAUGCCCUUUCCCGAAUACCCCAGACCACAAAUAAUGUUAACACAAUUCUGAGUACAGCGCUAGAGACUGAUUGGCCCUCCCUACAAGCAACAGAUCCAGACCUGCAGAUUAUUUACCAAAGACAGUUACACGGGAACAAUAAGCCAUCCUGGAAGGAGUUAAAAGAUCAAACCCUAACAACGCGUCGUAUUUGCACCAAAUGGAGUAACCUAAAACUAUAUGGGGACACGUUAUUUCUAAUUAAUGAAUCGAAACAACCCCUGCUGAUAGUACCGCGAGUCAAAGUCGAGAGCAUUGUGGAGCAGGUACAUCGCGAACUUGGUCAUACGGGAGAACGAAGGACGGAACACGCUGUCCGUCAACGAUUUUGGUGGCCAUCUAUACAUGAAGAUGUAGCGCGAUUUUGCAAGAAUUGUAACACGUGUUGCCGUUUUAAAUCACCUCAGCAGACACCCCGUGCACCAAUGACACCGAUGGUGACAACAGGACCACAUCAGAGGGUCGGCAUAGAUAUCAUGGGACCAUUGACAACGACAAAGAACGGGAAUCGCUACAUACUAGUUAUGGUGGAUUGUUUCACUAAAUAGUGUGAAGCAGUACCCACUCCACAGCAAGACGCCCUUACUGUCGCCCGAGCUUUUAUCGAUCAUUGGGUCUCUCGUUAUGGUGCACCAGUCUCACUUCAUUUCGAUCAAGGUCCAGCCUUUGAAAGUCAACUCAUCGCUGAGAUAUGCCGGCUAUUGAGAAUCAGGAAGACACGCACUACUGCGUAUCACCCAGAGGGUAACGGCCUCGUGGAAAGAACGAACAGGACUAUUAAAGCCAUCUUACAGUCGUUUGUCAGCAGAUCGUCACCUGAGUUAUGGGAUAAUGUGCUCCCUCAAUGCCUUUUAGCGUAUCGUACGUCGGUACACGGUUCCACGGGAUUCUCACCUGCUAUGUUACUGUUCGGGCACGAAUUACGCUUACCAGUAGAGAUACAGUCGCCCCUAUUACCUUACGAGGAACAAGAGCAUGUACCGUACAUACGUACUCUCCGCAACCGCUUAGCUGAUGCAUACCGUCUGGUCAGUAUCAACUCGCGUAAGGCUAGCGAACACCAAAAAGGGCGUGGGUUCGAAUCCCACCUCCAUCACCAGUUGUAACUAGUGUAUUCAGCAGUCACUGGAGCGAGCGGGAUGAUCUAAAACCACAAACACACAAUGUUAACUGAGCACUUCACAACACAGGGAGAACACGGAAUGGAACCACCAGUGAUUUAUUUUUAAAAAUUAAAAUCCGCGGGGAUGUACAGAAAAAGGAGGUUUAGUUUACCAAACAGUCUUAUGCGUCAUUCUGCAGGCUCAGUGCAUGCAAGGCUUGUUCUUCCUCUUCUAAAGCAUUUACUCUCGAUCGUCCUGCAAUAGAAGGAAAACAGAAUCCAUUAACACAAUAUAC